UGUGCGCUGGCCUCGCUCGGUCCCGCACGCCGGCGGGCGGACAGAUAAACAGAGCGAGCGCCGCAGGAUGCCCGCAGCCCCCGCGGCCAGGGGCUGAAGCGAGCGGGGGACGAGAGGUCGCGAGGAGAAGUAAAAGGAAGGCGGGAGCGGCGCGCCUGGAGGGUCUCACGCCCGCUCCGCGGAUGGCGCCGGUGAGCGAGCAGCUGGAGCCGCAGGGCGCGGGGGCAGACCCCGCCGCCGCCGCCGCGACCCCCCUGACCGGCCCGCCGGCGGGCGAGGAACCACGGCGGGAGAACGGCGGCGAGUGGCGCCCCGGGAGCGGCGAGAGCGGGGCCCAGCCUCCGGCGGCCCCGGCGGAGGAGGCCCCCGGCAGCCCGGGCUGCACCGGGAGCGCUGCGGCGCCGGAGCCCCCCGAGGGCGGCUGGGGCUGGGUGGUGAUGCUGGCCGCCAUGUGGUGCAACGGCGCCGUCUUCGGCAUUCAGAACUCGUGCGGGGUCCUCUUCGUCUCCAUGCUCCGGCUCUUCGGCAGCAGCGACGACAAGCAGCUGGUCUUCAAAACAGCGUGGGUGAGCUCUCUUUCCAUGGGAAUGGUCUUCUUCUGCUCCCCAAUAGUCAGCAUAUUCACAGACCUGUUUGGUUGUCGAAAAGUAGCUGUUAUUGGAGCUGCAGUAGGGCUUGUUGGACUCCUUUCAAGUUCUUUUGUAAGCACCAUUGAACCUCUGUAUUUCACCUACGGGAUCGUGUUUGCCUGUGGCUGCUCCUUUGCCUACCAGCCCUCCCUGGUCAUCCUGGGGCACUACUUCAAGAAGCGCCUGGGACUGGUGAAUGGCAUUGUCACCGCGGGCAGCAGCCUGUUCACAGUGUCACUGCCCUUCCUCCUCAGGGUCCUCCUCGACUCUGUCGACCUCUUCAACACCUUGAGGGUCCUCUGCAUCCUUAUGUUUGUUCUCUUCCUGGCUGGAUUUACGUACAAACCUCUCGUUCCCAACACCAAAGGCAAGGAGGGAGGAAAGAAGGGAAAAUUCAAAUUACCUCCUGCGAAAAAGAUUUGCAACUUCUCCGUUUUCAAAGUUCUCAGCUACCGAAUCUGGGCUUUAGGGAUUCCAGCUGCACUUUUUGGAUACUUUGUGCCUUAUGUUCACUUGAUGAAUCAUGUAAAAGAGAGAUUUGGUGACAGCGUGCCAGAAGAAGUGCUUCUGCUGUGUCUGGGCAUUACUUCAGGAGUUGGCAGAUUGAUCUUUGGCAGAGUUGCAGAUUAUAUUCCUGGUGCAAAAAAAAUCUAUCUACAGGUGGCCUCAUUCUUUUUUAUUGGGCUGAUGUCUAUGAUGAUUCCACUGUGCAAUGUCUUUGGAGCUCUCGUUGCUGUCUGUCUCCUCAUGGGCCUGUUUGAUGGGUGCUUCAUUUGCAUUAUGGCUCCUAUUGCCUUCGAGCUCGUUGGGGCUCAGGACGUCUCCCAGGCCAUCGGGUUCCUGCUUGGACUCAUGUCAGUGCCUAUGACAGUUGGUCCGCCCGUUGCAGGUUUGCUGCGGGACAAGCUUGGCACCUACGACGUGGCGUUUUACCUGGCUGGAGUCCCUCCCCUCAUUGGAGGAGCGAUCCUGUGCUUCAUCCCCUGGGUCCACGAGCGGCAGAAGUUGAAAGCGAGAGCAAAACCUGUUGAUGGAGAAACUACUGAGAAAAUGCUGGAAAAUGAAAGCACUUUGGUGUCGGACACGACAGAAAAGCCAGCCAAAGAACUGGAUUCUGGCUUUUGAUGCUUUUUUUCUUUUCCCUAUACCAUCCUGACCUCAUCCUACAGAAACCAGAUUUUAACUUGUUGGCUGAAGAUAUUGAAGUCUUGAACUAUUGCUCAAAUUGCAGAACUGCUACAAGAAUCUUUUAUACCAUUGAACUUUUUUGACAAGUCUUUGAAUUUGAUUUCAAGCCACAUUUUCAAGGUAUUUGAAGUUUUGUAGCUUUAGUGUGUACGUGCGUAGUGAUUGUGUGUGAAGAGAAUAUUUUUCUAAUCCAUCAGAACUGAUUUCUGGAAAUGUGAAAGCUGUUUUUCCUUCACUGACCCAGGGUUCUUCUAUGAUGUCUAUGAUCCAUCCUCUGCAGGUGUGCCCCUGGGUGUUUAUACUGGAUAAUGUAGUAGCUCUUAUGACUGAUCUGUUUUAUUGAAAUUUAUCAUGCUGUUUACAGUCUUCUGUAAUUCUCUAUCAUGAACACAAAUAUGCAUCUUUUUGCUGAAAUGAUUGUUUCAUUAGAAAGCUAAAUUAUUAUACAACUGUUGAAACACUCACUUGUGUUUGCAUUCACCUGUCACAGUAGCCCAAAGAACAUUAAGGAUGGCAUUUUUGAUGGGCUCAGGUUUUGAAUGUGUCCAAACCAAGCUCCAAGUGCAAACACAUUCAGAAGUUAAGCUGCUGAAUAAUAGAUUUUUUUAUUGUUGCUAUUAUUAUUGUUAUUAUUAUUAUUAUUAUUUGGUGAAGGCAAUACCCUUAAGAUGUAUGUUUAUAAAUCUUUUUUCAGGCAAACCUCAGAGUAGUGGAUAGUUUUGAAAGUGUACUGACUAAUUCUUUGGAGCAGUAUUGUGAAUUAGACUAAAUUUCAAAUUAUUCUGUUGUACUUCUUAGGAUUUCUUUUUUUGUUGUUCAUAAAACCAAGACAGCUUUAAAGGAUACAUUCUAAGUGCAAUACCAAGUUGUUUUUAAUGUGGAAAUAUACAUGAGCUAUUAAAACAACAUUGAGCAAUUCAA